AAUUUUGAAAUUCGAAUUCUCUUCCUCAAAUCAUCACUUCGCUAUUAUACAACUCUGCAACUGUUUAAGUGCAGAGACGAUGGAUAAAGGAAUGGCAGGACUGGAAGAACGAUUCAACAGGUUGGUGACAGAGGUGGAGGUUGAAGAAAAUGAAGCCGGUGAUACCUUCGCCGAACGUGCCGAAUGGUAUUAUCAGAAGCGACCUCAACUUCUUUCCCUCCUCCGAGACCUCUACGAUGCGUAUGUCAUUCUCCUGAAUCGCAAUCGUCAAACAAACAUCGUUUGCUCCGACCAUCUUCAUCCGGAUGGGGAACUUGAUGACGACGUGGCUAAUUCAGAUGCCGAGAGCACUGUCUCCUACCAGAAUGUUCCUACAUUGGAAACCGGUUCAGACAUGGAGGACGUGGUUGCUCAGCUGGUGUUGAAGACGGUGGAGAAUGUAAUGUUGGUGACGCAGCUGAGAGAGAUGGAGAGAGAACGGCCGCUGGUUAGAGAAUCGUCGAUGGAAAAAAUGUCGGUGCUGGAAAAGCUGGUGGAAGUGGUGGAGUUGGAGAGAGAGAUUGUUGAGAAGGAGAAUGUGAGGUUGGGAUACCAAGUGACAGCGCUGUUGGAGGAGAACAGAGGACUGGCGUCUGAGGCGGUGAUGAUGAAGAGAAAAGCUGGGGAGCUAGCUAGGUGCUUGAUCGCCAUGAGGGAGGAUCAUGGAGUGUGUGCGUUGAUAAGGAAAAUCGAGCAUCUAGAAGCUCAGAUUCAUGGUCUAGAGAAGAGGAACCACGAGUUUUACCGUCAGCUGCUGCUCAGGAGGCGUUAUCCACGGGUGACCAACAAUAGUAAGGGUGAGAUGUCUAUGGCUGGUUGCUUUCAGGUGAAGGAGAAGAAGGUAUCUUCUUCUUCUUGGUGGAAGAAACUGAAAGACAUGGACAUGUUUAUGUGCGGGCUGCGUCCCUGAUAUUCUGCCUUCAUGCUUCUUCUACUCACUCCUGCAAAACAUGGUAUACUACUCCUAAUACUAAUUAUUACCGCCAAUUUCAAUUUCAUCUCUGGUUUCUGGUUCUGAGUAUUCUGCUCUUUACUAGUUAAGAUGAUAUUUCGAAUUUGAUGUUUUGGCUGAUGAAUUUCUGA